UAAAUAAUGCGAUAUCUCAUUAUGUGUAAUGCGUAUAUAAGAACACGUUUCUUGAUUAAGAAGAUUCCAUCCAUUCCAAGCUUAAGUGUAACGGUGAACAAAUACAAUGGGAAAUAUCUUCUGGAUGUUAACUUAAAUCUGUGAAAGGUACUGGAAAUACUAACAAGAAUCGAAAUGGCGUCUAUUAGUUGUGGGAACCGAACCUAUCUGACUGACGACUAAAUGGGCAACCUAACUUCUAAAUGAACAGAUAAACAAACUGAUGACUGAACUGGUAACCUAACCUAAGAAAUGAACCGAUAAACGAACUGAUUGCCAAACCACCAAACGAAAGACACAAGUUAAUCGACAGUCGUUGGAAUCGAAAUGUUAACAUGGAAACAAACGUGGAAAAUAAUCAAUAGCAACUCGUAAAGAUAUGGGCUUUAAUUGGAACACGAAAUAAAACUGAGCGUUAAUCUACAAUAAUUUCCAAGUUGGAAAAAAGAACAAGGACUACCGUAAAGUUGUGCAAUUCUCUCUCAGCUGGAUAAAAAUGCCGUUUGAAAAGGGCUACCGAUGAAGAGACUCUGUUUAAUCUCUGGCUUUCUAAAAGCAUUUAAAUGUACGGUUUUUUUCAUCGUCCUCACCGAAAUCCCUUUUCUGAAAGCACAAAAUGAUUCUCAUCUGCCAUGGUUCCACGACGCUGAUAAUUUUUGGGACUUUGACUAUGUCGAAAACAACACAGUUUUGGAUUUAAAAGGAAAGCCCUCCUCCGCUAUUAUUGGUAAAUACGCCAUCGUUCCAGGUCAAAAAGAUAAUGCGCUCGAGUUACAAGGAAGCAAAUUUAACAAAUCCUAUAUUACACUCGCGGACUUCAAUCAUACAUGUCUACCGAAACCUUCGACGUUUUAUGGUUUCACUUUCAGUUUUUGGUUGAAGUUAGGAGAAGUUCAGAACAAUGGCGUGUUGUUGCAGCUUUCUAUAAGCCGAAAACAUCCUGGUAUUACCAUGAAUGUUAUUGUAAGUCCUCGGUUUGUUUUAGAAUUUCAUAUCAAUACACAAUCUUAUAUGUACACAACUUCUGAGAGUCUUGGCAUCAACACCUGGCAUCACAUUGUUCUGAUGUGGAACCCGAAAAGGAAGAUGACUUUAUUUUUGAAUUGCGUCACAAUGGAUGAUCUCAAUACGAUCGUCAAAAAAAGGACACGAAGUAACAAGACAGGUGAAGAUACGAAAUUAGUUCUUGGUGCAAAUCAUUCUGGCAAAAGAACACUUCCUAUUAUCAUCGACAACCUUGCGAUCUGGUUCAAAAAUUUACCAGAUCAUAGAAUCUGUGAUAUAUUCAAGCAAGAUAGAGUUCAUGGCAACUACUCCUCGUGGUCGAUGUUUUCUCCGUGUUCUGUCUCGUGUGGAUCUGGAUUUAAGAUUCGUAGGAGAACCUGCGAUAAUCCUGUUCCUGAUUACGGUGGACGAGAUUGUGAAAGAUUAGGUUCGAGUUUUGAAACAUUAGGGUGUGCGAGGGAACCUUGUCCUGUACACGGAGGUUACACUUGGUCUAAUUUCUCAGAAUGCUUUCCAAUUUGUGGAAAUGGAAGUACAAAGUACAGAACUCGAAACUGUUCUAAUCCUGAACCACAGUAUGAUGGAGAUAACUGUUCUGUUAUUGGUCCAGCAAUAGAGACGAUGGAUUGUCCGUUGAUUCAUUGUCCCGUACACGGAGGGUACACCCCUUGGUCUAAUUUCUCAGAAUGCUUUCCAGUUUGUGGAAAUGGAAGUACAAAGUACAGAACUCGAAACUGUUCUAAUCCUCAACCACAGUACGGUGGAGAUAACUGUUCUGUCAUUGGUCCAGCAAUAGAGACGAUGGAUUGUCCGUUGCUUCCUUGUCCCGUACACGGAGGGUACACCCCUUGGUCUAAUUUCUCAGAAUGCUUUCCAAUUUGUGGAAAGGGAAGUACAAAGUACAGAACUCGAAACUGUUCUAAUCCUGAACCACAGUACGGUGGAGAUAACUGUUCUGUCAUUGGUCCACCAAUAGAGACGAUGGAUUGUCCGUUGAUUCCUUGUCCCGUAGAGGGUACACUUGGUCUAAUUUCUCAGAAUGCUUUCCAGUUUGUGGAAAUGGAAGAACAAAGUACAGAACUCGAAACUGUUCUAAUCCUGAACCACAGUACGGUGGAGAUAACUGUUCUGUCAUUGGUCCAGCAAUAG